AUGAGAAUCCUAUUUUCAUUUUGUUUUACAGAGAAAAAUAAAGCUUUUCAAGGACUCCUUUCUAAGCUAAACCUGCAGGAAUACCAAAGCACAAAGCUCAGGCUGCGGGAUGUCCUGGAAAUUGGCUCAGAAAGUAUAGAAAAGUGGACUCCUCAGAUGUUAGGGGAUUUACCAUGGCAUUUCCUGAGGAAAGUCAUGGCUCUGAAUGGGACAGCCAGAAACACAAGCCUUGGACAUAGAGCAUGUGAUGAUGAAGGCGGCAGUGAGGAGGCACAGAUUGCAGGUGGAGAUGUUUUUAGUUUUAGUGACACUGACAUCAGAGAGUCUCUACAUCCCCUCGAUGUUCUCUGUGCUGUUCUGCUUUGCUCAGACAGUUUCCUACAGCAGGAGAUCCUGUCCAAAAUGUCCAUGUGCCAGUUUGCCCUCCCUCUGCUGCUACCUGCCCUCGACACUCCCAAGUGCACCCUAAUGCUGUGGGCCAUGAGGGACAUUGUGAGGAAGUGGAGGCCGCACUCCCUGGCAGACAGCAGAGGGUUCAGAGAGGAGAGCCUGGUGCUCACGUCACUGCCAACCAUUUCCUUUGUGCGGCUGGGGAGCUGCAGCUUCUCCAAGUCCAGACUCCUCAAUGAGGUUCUCAGCCCCUCCGAGCAGCACCACAAUUUCUUCAUCCAUCAUGACAUGGAGUCUGGGAACGUCCCUCGGGAAAUCGCAGAUGGACUGGUUGAGAUUUCCUGGUAUUUCCCUUGUGGGAGGGAGAAUUCAGAUCUUUUCCCAGAGCCCAUCUCAAUUACAAACCUGCGCGGAGACAUUGAGUCCCACUGGCUACAAUUUAGCUUUUUAACAGAGGUCUCCUCAGCAGUGUUCAUAGUUACUGAGAGCAUCAGUGAGAGGCAAUACGCACUGUUAUCACCUCUGCAGGGAUCAGCCACUAAAUACUACUUCAUUCUCAAUUGCAAGCAUGGAAAUCCCAAGGAAACAUUGGAAUUCCUUAAUAAGUUGGCUCCAGUGCUGAAUCUGAGCAAAUCACAGCUACUGGUGAAAGACAGCACCACAAAUAAUGCAGGAUUUGUGCAAAAACUGAAAUCUGCCAUCAAAAGCAUAAUGAGUUCACAUCCCGAGAGAAUGAAUUUGGAAGCCAUGGCUGUGACCGCACGUGAACUAGGAAUCCAGGUAGAUGAGGACCGAAAGGAAUGUCAGAGUGCAAGGAAGUGGGCUAGAGAAAUCGCUGUGGAAAUAAAAGAUGUGGCAAAGUACAAGAGGGAAAUGCUGAGACUGCAGGGGGAUCUCUGGGAAGAAUUGGCUAAAGUGGAAAAAGAACUGUGCAGAAUGAGAAGGCAAGGGGAGACGGCCACCGAAGACUAUAAAUGUCAACUGAGAGAGAAAUGGUUGGAAUUACGUAGACAGCAGGAUCAAUGUGACCUUACUGAUGGAUUGAUUACAUUUGUUAAUGGAAUAGAAAAAUUGCCUUCAAUGGAGAAACAUUACUUUCUGAAAUGGAUGAAGUUUAGCCUGGAUCACAUUGCUCGAGAUAAUCUUUUUAAACUACGGGAUCAAUAUAAAGGGAAAAGUAAAAUGGCAGGAGAUGACCCACAAGCGCUAGCCAUGCUGGAUAAACUAAUCUCUGCCAGUUCCUUAGGGUUGGAGCAUUUCAUGCGUGAGCUGGGGCAGUUUUAUGAAGCUGAAUGCUCAGUGGUUAAAGAAGGAGACAAGGCAAAAUGCCAAAGACAAUUCAUCUAUCUCCCAGGCAUAGCAGCUGACCUGAUGCUGGAAGGGUUUCCUAUGGAACUGCUAGAUGGAGAUUCAUCCAACAUCCCACUGCAGUGGGUGACAGAUGUUCUGACUGAGCUCCAUGCCAAGCUGGGGGGAAGGUCCAAAAUGGUGGUUCUAACGGUGCUGGGAGUGCAGAGCACUGGGAAAUCCACCCUCCUCAACACCAUGUUCGGCCUGCAGUUUGUAGUGAGCAGUGGCCGAUGUACACGAGGAGCCUUCAUGAUGCUCAUUAAAGUGGCAGAGAACUUUCAGCAGGAGCUGGGCUGUGAUUUCAUCCUGGUGAUAGACACAGAAGGCUUGAAAGCCCAAGAACUGGCCAGGCUGGAGGACAGUUAUCAACACGACAAUGAGCUGGCCACCCUGGUGAUUGGGUUAAGUGACAUAACCAUCGUUAACAUGGCCAUGGAGAAUGCCACAGAAAUGAAGGAUAUUCUGCAAAUUGUGGUCCAUGCCUUUCUCAGAAUGGAGGAAAUCGGGCAAAAACCCAACUGCCAGUUUGUGCAUCAGAAUGUCAGUGAUGUGUCUGCACAUGACCAAAACAUGAGGGACAGGAAGCACCUCCUAGAGCAGCUGAAUGAAAUGACCAUAGCUGCAGCUAGGAUGGAAAAGCAAUGUAAAAAAGUGAAUUUUUCAUGUAUUAUGGACUAUGAUGCAGAGAAACACAAUUGGUACAUCCCUGGGCUGUGGCACGGAGUCCCUCCCAUGGCUCCAGUGAACAUGGGAUACAGUGAGAGUGUGUGUGAGCUAAAGAAAUACCUGAUUGAUUUGAUAAAGCAACGGUCACAUAAUAGAGCCCCCAAGGACAUUCCCCAGUUUGUCAAAUGGGUGGAGAGCCUGUGGAAUGCUGUAAAACACGAGAACUUCAUCUUCAGUUUCAGGAACAGUCUUGUAGCUGAAGCCUAUAACCAGCUGUCUAUGAAGUAUUCCGAGUGGGAAUGGCAUUUCCGCAAAGAGAUACAUCUCUGGGUAUCUGAAAAGGAAACUGUCAUUCAGAAUCAGACAUUAGAGAAACUACAGGCUGGUGCCUUAUCCGUGUUGAAAAAUGAGGCACAGGAAAAACUGCAGCACGAGAAACAAAAAGUUUUGGAUCAUUUACAAGAUUAUUUUGAAAGUGGAAUUUCAAAUCUGAACCUGAUAGAAAAGUACAGAGAAGAUUUUAGCAGGAGUGCAAACUGCCUCAAAAAUGAACUUGAGAGCUACUCCGAGAACAAGUGCGAGGAAGCAAUUCGAAUUCGAAAAGGCCAGAUCAAGACAGAAAAAAUCCAGACCUCAUACAUGCAGAUAAUUGAAGGGAAAGUUGACAGGGUCUUGGAUGAAUGUAGGAACAAAAAACAUAAACUAGAUCAUGAAGAACUGAAAUUAGAAUUUGAAAACAUGUGGAGAGAAACACUGUCAGAGUUGGAGUUCAGCAGUUUACAGAAACGUGAAAUUUAUCGAGAGAUGGAGUCCCAGUUGAGAAAGGACCUGGCAAAUCGAGGGAGUGCCGUCAGGCAGAAGCUACAGGAAUCAGGUAGUUUGUUGUUUCAUGGAAUUGACAAUUUCAAAAUGAAAAAGGAGUAUCUAGAUUCAGCAUGGAUCAAAACUAUGAAACAACUGUUGUUCACAGGGGAAUGUGAAACAGCUGUUCACACAGAAGAACUUGCUAAAUCCUUAAUAGAUGAGGGUAAAAGAUACACUGAAGAAAAGGUAAAUUCCAAAGUGGACUAUGAUGAAAUCUAUUGCACAGAAUUGCUGAACAUAAUCAACAAGAGGCUCCAACAGGAGGAUGUUAAAAACCUUGGCACUACUGCUUGCUUUGAAGUUGAGCUGAAAAUUCAUAUUUUGGGGGAGGCAGCUUGGAGCUUUCAGAAGAUGCAUGAUCAUUUUAUCCAUCAAAAUGAUCCUCAGUGUCGUUUAGAGAAACUGAAACCUCAGUAUUUCUCCACAUUUACUGACCUGUAUUUGGAAAAAGAUGAGAACCAAACAAGGGCCAGGGAUUUCUGUGAUCAAUGUCUCAAACCCGCCUUGGUGGUUUAUAUCAACAAAAGACUAGGCAUAGAGAUAGUAGAUGACAUUCUCAGCAAGGCAGAGUCCAUUGAAUAUGGCAGCCGGACCUUCUUCCAGUUCACUGUACAGAAAAAGCUUCUGGAGGAGAUGAAUUUUGAUAACUAUGUGAAAUAUAUUAAAAACUAUAAAGAAUUUGUCAAAACCUGGAUUCAGAGACGUAUUAUGGAUCAUUACAGGGAGACUAAGCUUUUGGGAGAGUUGGAGAAAAAGAUUCUAUCUACGAUAGUAAAGAAAGUGAGGGAAGUUUUGGAAAGCUCCAAAAAUGAAAAAAAUACCACAGCCUUAGCAUUUUUAAACAACUUUUGUGAAGCGCUGCAGAAGGACCUAGUCAUUUCCAAGGACAACUUAGUUGGGAUACAGUUUAAAAACACAGCAAAAACAGGCCAGUUUUGUGCUAAUAUUCAAACCUUUCUUCUAGAUCUGGAACAAGAAAUCUUAUCCCAAUUUGGUGGUUUGGAUAUUCACACCAAACUCUCCAAUCUGUCAUUAAAACCCCAGGAUGUAAUUUUUAAGCGAGUGUUUGGCUGUGGGAAGCAGUGUCCAUUUUGUAAAGUCCCCUGUGAAGCAGGAGGCAGUGACCACAAGGAGCAUUUUGCAUCUGUGCAUCGGCCACAAGGAUUAUGCAGUUACAGGUAUCUUGAUACACAAAAACUUGUCUAUGAUAUAUGCUCAUCUAAAGUGGUUUCUGAGAACUCAUUCCGAAAUUUAGACACAAAAGGGAAAUUUCAUCCCUACAAAGAUUAUCGCGUCUAUUACCCAGACUGGCGCAUUCAGCCAGAUCCCAGCAUUGAGGCUUCUGAUUACUGGAAGUUUGUUUUUCAGAAGUUCAAUCACCAGUUAGCUAAAAGUUAUAAUGCUAAGCCAGCAGAUCUCCCAAGAGACUGGGGGAAAAUAACUGAAACACGGGCACUGGAGGGCCUAAAGGAAGCCUUUAACAUGAAAUAA